UGGAUAUAUAUCCACCAUGGUAAUGUCAGUACUUAAUCACAGAUUAUUCUUAUUCUUAUAAUUUAUCAGUAAUAUCGAUUGUCUAUCUGUGAUAUGCGUUUUUUUUUUUUUUUUGUGGUGGCUGUACCUAUGUAAAAUUAUAGGCAUUGGCUUUGAUGCGAUAGUGGUAACGUUAUUGCGGUUAUAACGACUGUCUUUUCCUCUCAUUUGAUUGUUUCUCUCUCUCAAUUUAUUGUUUUUUGAAAUGUAUUAUUAAUUAUUUUAUAUUUGAACUGUGGAAGACUAUUGUUCGUCCGUUGACGUUUCGAGCCGCUGUCAAAAUAUUUUGGAAAUAACCGAUUUGCAAUGGAACAAAAUCCAAUUGGUUCAUCAGAAUCUAACGAAAAUAAUCAGUCACCAACUAUAAAUGAAUGGAGUUAUAAAUGUCAAACUACUAAUAAUGAUAACUUUGAACAAACUUUGGUAGAAACAUUCAAUGAUUCCUCAAUAAAUGAUAAUUCUAAUGCUGGAAGACAUGAAGGUCAUUCUGAUUUCACUAUUAGUGAAAAUACACAAAACCUUUGGAAUAAUCAAUAUGAAUCAAAAGAUAAUCAGGACAAUAAGGAUAACUCAGGAUAUAGAAGAGGAGGGAGAGGAGUGUUUAACAAAACAAACCACAGCCGUAGUUCAAUUGAAAAAUCGUGGGGCCAUGAUUUUUCCAAUAAUUUUCAAAGUAAUAGUGGAAAUACGCGAGGUCGUGGUCGUGGUCGGAAUUUUACCAAAAAAUUUAACGAAGAAAACAAUUCAUUCGGAGAUGAAUCUAAUAAUAGUUUUAACAAUCAAAAUGGUAUUACUGCUACAGGCUACAGAGGACGAGGACGAGGAGGUCAUCGAGGUAGAGGAGGAAGGUUUAGAGAAAAUUCUGGUGGCUUCUAUGAUAAUGAUGGAGAUGGUUUAAAAAUAAAAGAAAACAAACAUAGUGUACCAUAUAUUCCACCAGAUAUUGAAAAUGAAGAAUCUAUUGCUGGAAUUGAAGCAGGUCUGAAUUUUGAUAAGUAUGAAACAAUUGAAGUAAAAGUGAGUGGAACUGAUCCACCAAAAAGUGUGACAUCAUUCCAUAGUUCUGGUCUGCAAGAAGUUUUAUUAGAAAACUUAUCUUUGAAUAAAUUCUCUACAUCAACACCAAUUCAAAAUUAUUCUAUACCCAUUGUCAUUGCUGGAAGAGAUUUGAUGGCCAGUGCUCAGACUGGUUCUGGAAAAACUGCAGCAUUUGUACUACCUAUUUUACAUAAUUUAUUGGAAAAUCCAACAUCAUUAGUUUAUGAUGAAAAUCAUUGUGAGCCUCAAGUUGUCAUUAUGGCACCUACUAGAGAAUUAGUUGUUCAGAUUUGUGAAUGUGUUUGGAAAUUCAGCAAAGGAACUGAUAUCAGAAAUGGAUUAUUGUAUGGAGGUACAUCUGUUGGUCACCAAAAGUCUAAAAUUCUACAGCGAGGAGUUCAUAUUUUGACUGCUACUCCUGGACGCUUGAAUGAUUUUGUUGAAAAAGGUAUUGUUACUUUCUCGUCAAUUAAAUACUUUGUUUUAGAUGAAGCCGACAGAAUGUUACAAAUGGGCUUUAAACAAGAUAUAGAACGAGUAUUGAAACACCCAACUAUGCCUCCUAAUAAUAAGAGACAAACAUUAAUGUUUUCUGCUACAUUUGCGAGUGACAUUCAAUACAUGGCAAAAUCUUAUUUAAAACCAGAUUAUAUAUUUGUAGCUGUUGGUGAAAUAGGAGGAGCUUGUAAAGACGUAGUGCAAACCAUAUUACAAGUUGGGAAAUUUAAAAAGAAGGAAACAUUACUUAAUUUAUUGAAAGAAAUGGAUGAUUGUCAAGGUACAAUAGUAUUUGUUGAACUUAAAAGGACUGCAGAUUAUACUGCUGCAUAUCUAAGUGAAAUGGAUUUUCCAACUACAAGUAUUCAUGGUGAUCGUGAACAACCUGAACGGGAACAAGCUUUAAAUGAUUUAAAAAAAAAAAAAAUGAAAGUUCUAGUGGCUACAGCUGUUGCUGCUCGAGGAUUAGAUAUCAAAGGAAUAAAUCAUGUUGUAAACUUUGAUUUGCCAAAAACAAUUGAUGAAUAUGUUCAUCGUAUUGGACGUACAGGUAGAUUAGGAAAUGCAGGUAAAGCUAUUUCAUUUUUCGACCCUGAAGUGGAUGGACAGUUGGCUCCGGAAUUAAUUAGAAUCCUUUCUAAUGCAGAACAAGAAAUCCCAUCAUGGCUAAAUGAUGCUGCUGCACAUAUGUGUGCUACUCCAGCUUUUGGUGAUUUCAAUGAUAUAAGAACAAAUGUUGAAGUAACUUCUGAAAUGGUUGCCACUGAAGAGGAGGAAUGCUGGUAGACUACUUGUUCAUGACUUAACUGCAUAUAUUUAUUAUUUUUAUAAAAUAUACAUUUUAAAAAUGAAAAAUAAAUAUACAUAAUAUUUUACAAUA